AUGGGCCAUGGUCGUGGAGCACCAAGCAGAAGUACUGAUCAUACUGAGGCAAGGCAGCCGGCACUAGUUUACAUUGCACGUCACCGAGAAGAUGGGGAUGCUCAGGAUGUCAUUACGGCAUGCUCUAUUUUUGAGAUAUUGGGUUUUGUGGCUGAAAACACUAUGAGUGAGAUUACUGAUCUAAGUUCGCUGGGGCAUUCCGUUCAGAUAAACAAGAUGUUUGGAGAUAUUCCCUUGGAGAUACAAGGGUUUAUCUUUUUGGCUGAUCUUAUGGAGCUGCCUUUCGGAGAAUUCGACCUAAUAUUGGGGAUGGAUUGGUUAGUUAAGCAUUGGGUCGAGAACUUGGUUCGCAAGGGUUGUAAGGCGUUCUUGGCCUAUGCCAGUGUUUUAGAUAUUAGGGACUCUUCAAUAAAGGAUAUCAGGACUGUUAAGGAUUUUUCGGAUGUCUUUCUUGAAGAGCUACUAGGGUUACCUUCAGAACGUGAAGUGGAGUUCGGGAUUGAGCUCCUUCCUGGUACAGUUUCGGUGUCUAUCGCCCCUUACAGAAUGGCACUGAAGGAGCAUGUGGAGCUUAAGGCCUAG